AAUCUCUCAAUUUUUGUUGCCACUGAGGUCCAUUCCAUUUUAUUUUCCUCAUCCCUUCUUAGAGUCUUCCCUUGAAGCCUUGAGAGAAAGGCCUCAACCCUUUCCAUCACCCAAUCAUUCGGAUUCCUAGAAAAGUGAGGGUUACAAAGACCUCCCUCUUGAUGCAAGCCAUCCUCCUUCAGGGAUGAUUGGGAACCAGACCCCAGUCCUACAAAAUCUGAAUAAUAACUCUUGGGAUGGCACUCAAUGCUACUAAUCAAGGAUGUCACUCAAUGCGACCAAGUCAUAAUGCUUAAUUUGCAGAGGCCACUUGUUCUAGCAAGGAAACUCAAGAAAAAAUUAUUUUGGAAUAUCAAAGGCUACCUUCUUUUCAUUCUUUUCAUACUUAUAUAGCUAGUAAAACAGAAAGUCAAUCAAAGUUCUUAAUGUAAAAUUACAACCUAAAAUAACUAUGACUUAUUAUAAAAUCGUCUCAUUGUCAAGACAGGCAUUAACAUUUGAGCCCUUUGGUUUCCAUUGGGCACCACUAUGCUGCAUCAUUCUCCUCCCCUUGAAAAGAACUCUGCCUAGAGUUCAUAGUCAAUGCCUCUCACAGUUGUUCUCUAUCUUUUUAAGAUCUUGAGCUGAAAUCCAUGAAUAUUCUGAUUGGCACCUUCCGACCCAAUGAACUGAGUAUUGAGUAUAAGUCCCACACCUUGUUCAGCUAUUACGCACAUACAAAGCAUCAAUCAUUGGUCGAGAAGAAUUUGUUGUCUUAACUAAAAAUUCAUUUGAUGGCAAUUGAUUUAACUAUGGAUCUAAGGAGCAUCCUUUCUAGGUAGACUGAUUAGGCAUGGUUGGUUAGUGAGAAAGUGAAGGAAAAUGAAACAAAAUAGAAGGUCUGCUAAGAAAGGAGGUAGAUGUUGGUUUGCAGUAGAAUCAAAGUCUUAUGAAAUCACGGUGGAGGUGGCUGGGGAGAGACUUAAGGGUAUCAUUGUGGAAAGAAGCAGAGGUUUUACCUCAUGGAUUAGAUUUGGUAGCCUCAGUUUGUGUUGUUUACUGGAAGGAGUGGAGGCUUGCUGCAGGGGAGUGUUUAUGCAAGGCAUCGUUAAAAGAUGGGAAGAUGGAGGAAGAAGGUAUAAGUUGGAGAUUCGUGCAAAUGAGGCUAGUAGGUAUAUUUUAUGCUCUGUGGUUGACUCGGAAUCAAAGAGAUUCUGUUUAGUGUUUCCAGAAGGAAAAGGUGUUUUGGGAGGGUGGGUCUUGUUGGCCGAAAAACUCCGCUUUCUUGGAGUUAUGUCUCGGGAGGGGUCCAAGGGAACUGCUGCAUCUUAUGGGACAGGGUGUUCAGAUGGAGAAUUUGUGAGAAAAGCCAAUAAAUCUUAUGUUGAAGCGAUAAAGACAAGAGGGAAAAAGUUAGGGGAGGCAGUGUGGCUACAACUAGGGAAGGAAGACGUGUCAAAUGAUAGGAAAUUCCUGGGACGGUGUUUGGUGGGAAGUUGGGGACAACCCUCAAUGCUGGACCAAGAUAUGCAAGCUCUAGAGAGUUGGGGGAGAUCUGUGUGGAAUACUAAAGGAGGGGUGAAGUUUUCGAGGUUGGGAGGCCCUCUGUUGUUAAUCGAAUUUGAGACUACAGAAGAGGCAGAAAAGGUGCUGUUAAGAGGACACCGGUGGUUUAAGGAAUCACUCCUGAACUUGGAAAGGUGGGACCCAAAGGUGGGGUGUUCUAAUAAUGGCGAGAGGGAUAAGAGUGUCUGGGUGAGAGUUGUGUGAAUGCCGUUGCAUUUUUGGAAACAGGAGAUACUCAGAAAAAUCGGUGAUUGUUGCGGGGGGUUCCUCGCAGUGGAUGAAGACACCGCAAAUUUUAAGGAAUUAAAAUGGGACAGACUAUUAGUGAGAUCGGAAGGCUUAGAGUGGCCGAGCUCACUGCAAGUGGCAGUCGGGUCUGUCUGUUAUUCAAUACAACUAUGGUGGGAGGUGAAACCAGGGGUGACGGAGGUGGUUCCGAUGACCAGAAACGAGAUGGGUAACGAGCGCGAGGUUAGGGAUGAAGGAGAAGGAGACUCACGCGCUGGUUUCCAAAUGGCGGAUGUACGGAUGCAUGGAGAACCUGCAAAAGUGGACGUGCCGUGUGGAAAUGGUGAAGGGGGAAGCAGAAAGGCAGCUGUGUCCUCUGAAGCGAUGUCGGAAAAAGCAGCAGAUGGUGUCGGGUCCACGUCUAACCAGCAAAAAGUGUGGGAGAAGAAGAUUAGCUGCGGGCCUGGGAAAUCCUUUCCGUUGGGCCGGCAAAUGGUGGUGGACUUGGGGCGAAGGCCCACGGAGAAGGGCCAGUUGACUGAGGACCAAAAUAAAUUAAAGGAAUUGGGCCGGCCCAAAUCUUCACCCUAUAAAGGCCCUGAGGUAGUGAUGGACCGAUUCAUUGAGGCUAGGGCUCCCGACAGGGGACUGGGCAUCAGCGGAGAGCUUGAGGGGGAGAUGAUAGGCUCUCAGAUGGGGUCGCGAUCACCGGCCGUCAAUGUCACAGAGUUCACCAACGAAGCCUUGUUGGAGGAGGCGUCCAGGUACUCAGAUCAAUCUUUUCGAUCUUUGUCUUUUUUGGGGAAGCGGGAAAUAUCUCUUUCUUCUACUCUUUCUGGUCGAGAUGGGGAAAGUGCAGCCAUGGCUGGGGUCUUCAUUCAGAGCAGUAUCUCGGCUGAAAUUGGAGGAGCAGUUAUGGGUCCCUUAAGGAUGAUAUGGGCAGAUGGGAGGGAGGCCGAGGUAUUGGAAAUUACGGGCAGGGAAGCAGGGGUUUUCGGAGAGAAACCAAAGGGGGGUACGGAUAGGAUCCUCCUUGAGGAUAUGGAGGAGAGGGAAGAAGAGGAGGAACCUGGUUGGCAAUCUAGUAGUUUGGCUAAGUUUAGCCGUUAUAUUGGAAUGCCGACGGAGGGAUUCGAAAGGGAAAUUCUGUUAUUACUGAAAAGAAUGAAAGAAAGGAAGAUUCAGAUAGGACAUUUGGAUGGUAGAAAAAGGAAAAAAUUGAGGUCGUCAAAAUUUGAAAGAAAAUUGAGGAAAUUGGAAUGGACAGUGAACUAUAUUGGAGAAGGAGGAGGAGAGGAAGGGGUAAACACGUGCAGGUCUAAAUGAAAUUCCGUAUGCUCACUUGGAAUGUAAGAGGGGCCAACAAUUGUGACAAGAGGAAGGUUAUAAAAGCUUUGAUAAGGAAGCAUAAGGUGGAUCUGGUUUGUCUCCAGGAAACUAAGAUCCAAGACAUGUCAGAGGGUAUUAUUCGCAGCCUAGGGGUGGGAAGAUAUCUUGAUUGGGGGGCAGUGGACUCAAGAGGGGCAGCUGGUGGUAUAGUUGUGUUUUGGGACAACAGAGUAUUGGACUUGGUUGAUAUUCAAAAAGGAUUGUUUUCCAUUUCCUGCAUCUUUAAAAACAGUGAGGACGGCUUCAUGUGGAUGUUUACAGGGGUAUAUGGCCCGAUAUUGAGGAGAGAAAGGGAGAGUUUUUGGGAGGAGUUGGGGGCUAUUAAGGGGCUCUGGAAUGGGCCAUGGUGUGUGGCAGGGGAUUUUAAUGCCAUCCUAAGUCCUGAAGAACGCAACAGAGGGGGGAGCUUGAAUUCGAAUAUGAGAAGGUUCUUAGAAAUCAUAGAAGACCUAGAGUUAAAGGAUAUGCCUUUAGUCGGGGGCCCUUUUACUUGGAACGAAGGGGUGAAUAAUCAGACCUUCUCAAGGCUGGAUAGGUUCUUGAUUAAUGAGGGUUGGGACAUCCACUUUGGUGACGUGAGGCAGUGUGUCCUUCCAAGACCAGUCUCCGAUCACUUCCCGAUUCUGCUGGAUG